AUGGAAGCAAUUAAUUACAUUCGUAUUAAUCAAUAUGAUGGAACUGGUACAUUUGGAGCUGGUGCAAGAAUUGGUCCAAUCUAUUAUAGAACAUAUCAAUAUAAUUAUACAAUUAAUGCUGGCAGUUGUGCAUGGAUGGGACUUGCUGAUCAUGCACUUGGUGGUGGUCUAGCUGUUAAUGCUCAAGGUGAAUUAAUAACAAUAAAUAAAACUCAUGAACCCGAAUUAUAUUGGGCAUUACGUGGUUCUGGUGGAGGUUUGUUUGUUAUUGUCACAGAAUUUAAAAUUCGAUUAGUUAAAGCUCCGCCACUCGCUAGGCGUUUUUCAUCUAUAUGGUAUCCGAUUGCAACAAAAUUAGUAAUGCAACGAUAUCAAUCAUUGUUAUUUGAUGACAAAAUAUCGAAUUUUAGUAAUAAUUUAGUUUUAGCAAUGGGUGUGUCGAAGACUCAUGUAGAAAUUUCAAUACUUUAUUUCGGUAUUGAAUUUGACGAAUUUAAUAAAACUAUAUCGUUACUGUUGACAACGUUACCAACUCCAAAUAGAACUGAUUUGUAUGAACAAGAUUGGUUAACUUUUGUUUAUAAAUCAUCAGGAAUUGAUGAUGAUAGUGGCGAUAAACCAAUAAGUAGUCAUAGUCUUGAUAAAUUUAUCGAUCGAUUAGCAUCAGGCGAUGGUCAAAUUAAUAUGGGAUUUAAUUCUUGGGAUGGAUAUUUAAGUACAAUUCCAGCUGAUGAAACAGCAUUUCCACAUAGACAUUUUAAAUUUGGUAUUCAGUUCACAGUUUAUCCUAAUAAUGAGCAACAUGAACAACAACAAAUGAAUUGGUUAAAUCAAGUGUAUUUGGCUAUCUACAAUGAUUCAACAAAAUAUUCAUAUGUUAAUUACAUUGAUAGAGAUGUACCGAAUUGGAUGAAUGUUUAUUAUCACACACAUCAACAGCGAUUAAUUAAUAUUCAACAUAUGUAUGAUAAGAAUAAUCGAUUUUAUUUUGAAAAAACAAUAGAAGAAUCAAACAGGGGAAAUCAACACAUAUUUUUGAACUUUUAUCUUGCAAGUUUUGUAGUUGUUGUAUUUUUCAUCGUGUAA